AUGCAAGAGAAGGACGAGACGGAGAACAAGCUUAAGAGGCUGCUGGCUAUGGCAAAGCGGAGUAUUGAUAAUAGUAAACAAGACCUGGUCGAGAAGGACGAGAUUAUUGAGAAAUUAAAGGUGGAACUGGCCAAGAACCAACAUACUAGACACUUGUGGUAUGUAGACACGUCUACUCGAGACCCAAAGAAGCUGCUGUACAAGGUGGCACAUGGGAACUUGCUUUGGUGUCUCGCGGAAUACGCAAAUGAGAACGAGCUGGACGACUCGAAAGAGUUGGACGAGUUGAAUGAGUUUGCGUGGCAUUGUUUCCAAACUGAAGAAGAAAUUCAGGCCUAUGCUAACCGCGCGUCUGGAGAACCUUUGGUGCUGCCGGAUUUUUCAAUGACGCCUUCUGAAGUGGAGAGUGUGAAAAAGAGUCUGAAAGAAGAAAUUGACCGCGUUCAGGAAGAGUUCCGUCGUUAUCGUGUUCGGUCGGAGAUCACACGAAAGCAAAAGGACGCUGAGAUCCGAAAGAUAAGCGCCAAUGUGAUGGCGAAGCAGACAGAGCAGAUAUUGGAGACGGAUGUUGCAGGAGAACUGCAAUCGUCAAAGGCGCAAAUUCGCCGGCUUACGAAAGCUCAAGCGGAAGCCGAGGAGCGGGAAUCCAGUUUGCGACGAAAAUUUGAAAAGCUUAUGAAAGAUUACGAGAAACUCAGCGGUACGAUGGGCGAGACGGUUCUUGCGAUGGAAUGGAGAGAGAGGUAUGAACAGUCUGCUCGCGAGAAGGAAGAGUUAGAAAAUAAACUAGAGGAGUUGAGUCUAGUGACGAAUGGUGCGUUUGACAAGAGUAACGCCAGAGGCAAAGGUGAUCUGCAAUUACUGCGACAGGAGUUUGCGCAAUACCGAAAGAGCGCACUGAAUGCUGUGGAGCAGAAAGAGAAGGAAUUGCACGACAUUCAAGCGCAUUACCACGACAAUGACGGUGGAAGCGGCAACGUUAGUCGUACCAACAGUGCCAAGGACAUGCUUUUUCGUCGUAUGAGCUUAGAGUCUAAUAGCAGUUUAGCGGGUUUCGAGACUCCAAACUCAACAAAGACAAACGAGUAUUUGAAGAAUAUAGUGUACAAGUACAUGUCCUCGGACCAAGACGAGGCCAAAGAGCACAUGGAGAAGGCCAUUGCGACCGUUCUUAAAUUUACACCAGCACAAGUUGCUUCCAUUCAGGAAAAACGCAAGCAGCAGGGCUGGUUGUGGUAA